UGGGUGAAACUUGUUCGUUACUAUUUUUCUGUACUUAUGUUGUUUAGGAGAACAUGAAAAAGAGAAAUUAAGUACAAAGAUAUUUGUGAAAUUCACUGUUAGUAGUUUGUUACAUUUGGUUCAGGAGGGUUAUUAAUAAUGAAUGAGUCUCUAAAUUUGUUGGAAAUGGAAUCCUUUAAUUUCCUUAUCUAGUGUACAACUACUAGUAAUAACCGUUAUGUUAGUAAAUAUUACCUUAGAGUGUAUAGUACAGUACUAACUAACUAAGUAACAUAGGCCUACAGAAACAGUAUUUUUUUGUAAGUUGGUGUCGAAGAGUAAGACUAUGAAAUAUCUGUGCUGAGGCUUACUUCGAAUGUCUUUACACUUACGUUACAGUGUUGGUGUUAGAGUGGUUGUUCGUAGACUGACAUAGCCAAGUAUUACACCGCUACUCAACGUAGCACUACCACAGUGAUAGUUGUACUAAUACUAGUAGGCAUACUAGUACUACUGUUGAAGUUAUUUAACUAAAACUAAAAGCUUGCAGCGUACAAGUAUUAUAGGUUAUUAUUUUAUAAAAUCUAAGGAGCACUAGAAAAGUAAUAAGUUCAUUAGCUUGAGGUAAAGCUGUGUUAUUCUUCAAUAGGGUGCAUGAUUUAGAACUGAGGACAUAUUGGCAACUGUUUGUAUAUAUAGAUGUAAAAAUGGAACAAUCACACAGCACUGGAAGUAGUGCCUCUAGUGGACAUGUACAUGGUGGAGUUCGACUUACAGAAGAACAGUCAAAAUCCCCUUUUGGGUUUGUGGAAGAAAUAGUUUAUCAAGAAAUAACUUUAUUAGAGAUUGUUGGAAGAGGAACAUUUGGCACAGUCUGUAAGGGUCAGUGGAGAGAAAAAUAUGUUGCAGUUAAGUUGAUUGUGACUGAACAAGAAAGGAAAGCCUUUGAAGGAGAAGUGAGACAGCUCUCUCGAGUCAAUCAUCCCAAUAUUGUAACCUUGUAUGGUGCUUGCACCCAUCCAAAUAAUGUUUGUCUUGUUAUGGAAUAUGCUGAAGGAGGAUCUUUGUACAAUGUACUACACUGCAUGCCUGAAGUUCACUAUACAGCAGCUCAUGCAAUCAGCUGGACUCUUCAGUGUGCAAGAGGUGUGGCUUAUCUUCAUAAUCUAAAACCUAAUGCUUUGGUACACAGAGAUCUUAAACCCCCAAACUUGUUAUUGGUAAUGGGUGGAACUGUGCUUAAAAUCUGUGAUUUUGGAACAGCCUGUGAUAUACAAACCCAUAUGACAAACAACAAAGGAAGUGCUGCUUGGAUGGCACCUGAAGUGUUUGAAAGCAAUAAAUAUAGUGAAAAAUGUGAUGUUUUCAGCUGGGGAAUAAUCUUGUGGGAGGUACUUACCAGACGAAAGCCAUUUGAUGAUAUAGGAGGACCUGCAUUUCGAAUCAUGUGGGCUGUCCACACAGGUAGAAGACCUCCACUAAUUAAAGGAUGUCCUAAAACUUUGGAGUCAUUAUUAACAAGGUGUUGGGACAAAGAACCUAGUAAUCGACCUUCAAUGACAGAAGUUGAAGAAACAAUGAAUAAACUUUCUUCUUUUUUUCCUGGUGGGGAUCAACCAAUUACUUAUCCCAUUUCACACAAUGAUAAUUUACAAAGAACUGACACCGAAUGCUCUGCUGCUGGUGACAGUACAGACAGAAGUCAGAGACUUGCAACUUCUACCUCCAGCAACAUGACUUCAUCCAACAUUCAUACAAAUGUAGCUGAAGUGAAAACUGUAGAAGUAGGUGUUGCAGAGCAUAGAAGAACUGGAUCAGAUGGAACAGCAUCAACAACCAACGUAUCCACUGAAAAACCUCCUAGUGCCACGUAUAAGGAAGAAUUUGGUGUUAAAGCAUCAGAUCUACAGGAUGUGGGUAAUUUUCCACGAAAAACAUCUUGGCCUAUCAUAACACAAGGAAGUCUUCAGAGGGAAAAUUCUACAUCACAAGACUUAAAUGCGUACUUGCUUUUGGAACCUAAACUACAGCCUCUUCCACCUGCCCACUCUUGCUGGGAGUCUGUUGCCAUAUUUGAGGAGCAUCAGAAGAUGGCUCAAGAGUAUCUCCAAGUCCAGACAGAAGUAAAAUUUUUAACAGAAAGAAGAGAAGAACUGAGCAAAGCUUUGCAGGAGGAUCAACAAAAAACGAGCAGUUUCAUGGAAGAAUAUUUGCAAUUAAGAAGUGAAGUGGAGAGCCUUUGUCAGUUACGUCAAAGCUUAAAACUUCAAUUGGAGCUCAUCAUCAAACAACGACAAAAACGACCAGGUCCUAACAACAGUAGUAGCGAAGACUGGGUCGUGGUUUAGUCUUUUUAUCUCCUAUUUAUUUGUUAUAAUUUUAUUGGUGCUCAGCAUUGAGCUUUUAUUAAUAGAACUCUUGUGAAAAUAUGUUUGGUUGAUGACGAAGUUUUUUCAGCUGAUCAAGGAAAACAACUCAUAGUUGGUCUUGAAAAUAAUGUUUACUGCCUUCAAGAAAACAUCAGCACGAUGUACUUUAUUGUUAAUCUUCUGAAAAAAAUUUGUUUUAAUGAGAAAGAACAAUAAUGUUGUUGUUAGCAGAACUUAAUGUUUGUUAAUUAUCAUUGUUUCAUGUUGUUUGUUGUUGUCGUAACUAAUAAAAGUGAAUGUCAGGUCACACAGCCCUCACUUAAAUAUGAAGCCUUAGCUGUAACUUAUGUAAGUUUCCAAAAAUAGAAAUAAAAGUGGAAUUUUCAUAUUUGAAUCAGAAGCUACAUUGAUGCAGUCCAAAGUAAUCAUCGGAAUAUUGAUUCCUAACUGAUUCAACUGAAAAUUUGCAGAUUUGUAUUUUUCUUUUAUAAUGUGAAGUUGUGAUAUUGAAACUGCUUCAGUGAUCAUUAAGUGGAAAAAAAAUAUGAAUUUGUAGAGUUUUGUUUUACAUAAUUUUAUAUCAAAGGAGGCAUAGCAAAAUUAAGUACAGCAUAUCACCAAUAUUAAAUCUCUAAGUCUGCUAUAAAAUUGUUUUUCCUGUGUGAGUGGGAAGGUUUCAUCAGUAUCAAGUUAUGCCUUUUUGAAGCUGCUUAUUCUGUUAUAGAAAAAUAAAUUUCAAGAACUUUUAUUGUGCAUUGUCAGUGUAGAUACACUAAUGGCUUAGUUGAUUUUUAGUUUUGCUCUAAGUACGUAGCUUACUCUGAUUGGAAUAUUUAUCUUUAAUUUCAAAUAUCUAAGUAUCUUUUUAUGUUUCUGUUUAUCUGUUUUCUUGUGUUCUUAACACCACUUUGUUUUUAUGGCUAGGACAUUGUUUAUAUUGUGGCUCCUACUUAAAGUUUGGUGUUUGAGCAAAUUACAUUACUUCUAAGUAUUUCAAGAUUAAGUAACCAAAACUCAUUGUAAAGUAUGUAACUCAUGGACCACUGUAAGCCUUUUAACCCUUUCCUGCCUGAUAUCUUGUGUUUUCUUAUAAGGUCAGAUGACAACACUAAAGUUGUAAAAAUGAUCUGAACUCCCCUCAAAUCAACUGCAGAAUAAAGCUAAAAUGCUUACAUUUAGAAUUUUGUUUCAUGUAUAUUUUAAAAACAUUUGCUAUAUAAAGCUAAAAUGCUUAUAUUUAGAAUUUUAUUUAAUGUAUGUUUUAAAAACAUUUGCUUUAUAAAGCAAAAAAAAAGAUGCCUGCUAACCCUAAUUUUAAUCUCCUCCCCAGUUCAUAUUUGGGGAGUGGAAAUAUUUAAAACUUUAUACAGAUGAAAGUACUCAACAUACAAAACAAAACUGCAAGUCUGUACAUAUUUGUUGCUUAUAUAUAAUUUAGUUCAAAUAGUUAAAAAAUUAUUUUUUGAAAUUGAUCAUGUCAACAAUUGUAAAUUUCAACUAAAUGCAGUUUUCGUUUUACGACUUCCAAGCUUAUAAAGCUAACAAAAUCAUAAAUAUUUUGUCUGAAUGCUAGGAUUAUUUUGUUUUUCACAAUCUAUUUGCUCUAUAGCUCUUUUUCCUUGUGUGUAUUGUACAUUUCUAAAUUUUUUAGACAAUACGUCAAAAGGCUAUUGUUUUCAUUUUUUUAAAUGAUGUAACCCUAACAUGUUUUCUUUUUUAUGUGACAUCAGGGUGCUAAAUUAAUUUUAUUAGUACUCUAGCUUGUUUGCUAAUUUUCUUGCAGUAAUUGCUUUACAAAUUCUGCUAAUUAUAAUUCAAAACUAUAGAGUGUUUUGAUGUACUUACCUGGCAUAAACUGUACAUAACUUCUAAAGAUAAUAUAUAUAGGUAAUUUUUAUAAAUAAUUUGUAUUAAGAUAACUACUAUACUUAUAUUUGUCUUAACAAUAUGCAAGAUAUUUUAUUGCAAAAUUUCCGUCAGCAAAGUGGACUAGUAGUGAAUGAUGUCAUUAGGCCUUUGAUUAUAUUAUUGGUAAUAAACAUGUGAAACCUGGCUUUCAGUCAGUGAGUAUGUGUGUAUUGCAUAAAAGCUUGGCAUAUAGACGUGUCACACAGCAUUUUUAUAUUAUUAUAACCUUAGAAUUGAAAAAGAAAUGUAUUUAGGUUUAGUAGCUUUCAACAGUUUUCACGUUCUGUGUUUGAAAUGUCUGUGUUUCAGAUAAUUUUGUUUACGAGUUGUUAAUUUUUAUUAAUGCAAAUGUGGCCUGAAUAAUGAUACUAGGCUGGAAAGGGUUGAAGAAUGGUAUGUUAUUACAGUCUUAAUCUUCCUUUUUUUUUCCCUAUUUUGCCUUUGAAAUAAAAUACUGUUUUAACAGCAUAA